AACCACAGAUGGCUGACCUCAUCCCAUUAGAAUAUUGAGCCCACCCUAUUUAAGUACAACUGUUUGCACCCCAAGUAAGACAACAGGAGAGAUUUCAGCAAGUUCACCGAGAGGCACCAUGACAAAGAUCUGCAGAGGAGGAUUCCUGUCCUCUUUCAUCCUAAUCUCCUAUGUUGCAAUGACAGCUUCUGUGACUCUUGACUUAACUGAACAGAGAAAUAAGGUUUCAAAGCUGAAGGUGAAUCCACGAGGAAACCUCUGGGCAACAGGUCAUUUCAUGGGGAAGAAAAGUGUUUUGGAUAGUUCCUUUGUGGAGUCUGCCAUUGAAAAUACGAGUGGUCCUUAUGAAGUUAUAGAUGCUCGUCCUGUGCAUGAAGUGGAGGACCUGCAGACUUUGCUCAUCCGGAUGUUGAGAGGCGCAAAGCAAAAACGAGAACAGACGCUGGACAUAGAGGGUGGAGACCCUGCUUGAGAUGAACCAAAACCAACACUUGGUACACUACAAAAUGGAAAAAAUGGUCUGGAGGAGUGUCUUUUUGUGAAAAAGAAGCCUUAAAUAAAUGUUUAAUUGCCUC